ACCCCACCUUGAUGCGCCUGUGCCUGGCCCAAGAGCUUGACACUUCCCACUACCUAUCCUCGAAGCUUGCCCAUUAAUACUUGACUACUACAUAGUUUCGUUCCUGUUCGCCAUUCUCUUUCCUGUAACAACUACCCACGAAUACCGAAUAACCCCCGUCCUCCUAUAAUUUGUACCAAGAUGGCGCCCGCUUCCUCCCUCUCGGCCUGGUCUGACCUCCACUCCCACCACGAAAGUGUUGGGAAGAACAUCGUCCUCAAGGACGCCUUCAAGAACGAUCCCAAGAGAUUCGACAAGUUCACCCGCAAGAUCACCCUCCCCGCCGACAUCUCGAGCGGAAGCAAUGGCACCGACAUCAUCUUCGACUUCAGCAAGAACCUCAUCACAGAGGAGACCCUUGACAAGCUUGUGAAGCUCGCCGAGGAGGCUGGCGUCGAGAAGAAGCGCGAUGCCAUGUUCGCUGGCGGGAAGAUCAACUUCACCGAGGGCCGUGCCGUCUACCACGCUGCCCUGCGCAACGUCAGCAACCAGACCAUGAAGGUGGAUGGUGUCGACGUCAUGAACACCAAGGGUGGUGUCAACGAUGUUCUCGAGCACAUGCGCGUCUUCUCCGAGCAAGUCCGCAGCGGCGAGUGGAAGGGUUACACCGGCAAGAAGCUCACAACCAUCAUCAAUGUUGGUAUUGGCGGUUCCGAUCUCGGCCCGGUGAUGGUUACUGAGGCGCUCAAGCACUAUGGCGCCAAGGACAUGACCCUUCACUUUGUGUCCAACAUCGACGGCACCCACAUCGCCGAGGCUCUUGCCAACUCCGACCCCGAAACGACCCUCUUCCUCAUCGCUUCCAAGACCUUCACAACCGCCGAGACCACAACAAAUGCCAACACGGCCAAGUCAUGGUUCCUUGAGAAGACCGGCGGCAAGGGUGAUAUCGCCAAGCACUUCGUUGCUCUCUCCACCAACGAGUCCGAGGUGACCAAGUUCGGUAUUGAUGCCGCCAACAUGUUCGGCUUCGAGAGCUGGGUCGGUGGCCGCUACUCUGUCUGGAGCGCCAUUGGUCUCAGUGUUGCCCUCUACGUCGGCUUCGACAACUUCCACAAGUUCCUGGCUGGUGCCCAUGCCAUGGACCAGCACUUCCAGCAGGCUCCCCUCAGGGAGAACAUCCCGGCCAUUGGUGGUCUCCUGAGCGUGUGGUACUCCAACUUCUACGGCGCCCAAACCCACCUCGUCGCCCCCUUUGAUCAGUACCUCCACCGCUUCCCCGCCUACCUCCAGCAGCUCUCGAUGGAGUCCAACGGCAAGACCAUCACCUCUGACGGCUCCCCGGCCAAGUACACCACCGGCCCUAUCCUCUUUGGCGAGCCCUGCACCAACGCCCAGCACUCCUUCUUCCAGCUCGUCCACCAGGGUACUAAGCUUAUCCCCUCGGACUUCAUCCUCGCGGCCAAGUCUCACAACCCCGUGUCGGACAACCUGCACCAAAAGAUGCUCGCGUCCAACUACCUCGCCCAGGCUGAGGCUCUCAUGGUGGGCAAGACGGCUGAGGAGGUCAGAGCCGAGGGCAAUGUACCCGAGGAGCUGGUGCCUCACAAGGUGUUUAUGGGUAACCGCCCUACCACGAGCAUCCUUGUUGGUGGUGCCAUUGGCCCUGCUGAGUUGGGUGCCUUGAUUGUUUACUACGAGCACCUCACUUUUACUGAGGGUGCCGUGUGGGAUAUCAACUCUUUUGACCAGUGGGGUGUGGAGCUGGGUAAGGUGUUGGCGAAGAAGAUUUUGAAGGAGAUUGAUGAGGAAGGGGCUGGGUCAGGGCAUGAUUCCAGCACUGGGGGGCUGUUGGGGGCUUUUAAGGCUUAUGGUGGGUUUUGACUUGAGGAGAGGGUGAAGGGGAGGUUGUAAAAUGGGGUUGAUUGGGAGGGAAGACUUUUGGUAUUGGGUGAAUGGAUGGUUGGCGAUUGGGCCUGGGAUUGACUAUAGAUGCAACAACCAGAAGGUAGUCUUGUUUUGGUAGGGAUAAAUGACAUGAUUAUGAUGAUGCAGAU